CAGCGUCUGGGAUGCUUUAGAGGGCAAUUGUUCAACAAAGUUGCGGUCUGCUCACUGGCAACCCUAUGCCUUGCCCACCCCUUGAAGAUCUCAGCUGCCGUGAAUGCCAAUGCACUGCCAGGCUCUCAAAAUGCAUGCCGCAUCCGCGAGUGUGCUCCCGGCUUCCUGAUCUCACCGAAGUCAACUCGUCAUCCGUCCUUGACUUCAUUUGCACUGUGCCUGUGCCCCUUGAGUGGCGAAAUCGCCUUCCGAAGGAUGGGGGUCUGAGAGGCUCACACGAGUUGGUGCUUGGCAUGAGGGCGAGAGAGGAGCCAGCCCGAGAGCUGUCAGAAGAGGAGCUCGAGACGUUCAGCGAUGACACACCAUUUGACAAGAAAACCCUGAGGAUUUGUCUGACGUCCAUCGAAGGGGAGGCGCUGCCUACGGAGGAGAACUACCUGUUCAUCACGCCUCACGCCGGCAACGACGAGACGGGCAGUGUGUUUGUGCCAGCUCCAGAACUUGGCGCGGCAAGUCCUUCCCUCGGGACAGGUCGUGAGCGGAAGCGCACUCUUCAUUUCUCUUCUCUCAUGGCUCGACUCUUUCGGCAAGGACGGAUGGGGCUGCGCCGAGGUCACCCUCUUCGAUAAUGCCAGCAACAAGGCCCUCUAUCUCAUCACCAACUACGCUACGUAAGUUCCACGGCGGCUGCUCUCCACAGCCAUUCUCAUGCUCUCGUCGUGUCUCUGUCUCGGCGUGUCCAUUUCUUGCAGGGCUCUGGUACGGCUCGUAUGGGUUCCAGUACUCGAACAGCCCUUUCAUCACGGAGAGUACACGGCGAGGCGUCAAAGAGCUGGCGACUGGGCUGGCGAGCGACGAGAAUCUCUUCUCCAUCCUCAGGUCGGUGCAGUCCUUCGAAGAGCUCACGUCUGUCAUCCCAAUCGCUUACGGUGACCUGGGGGCGCUAGAGGCCAUGGCACAUACGUGUGUCGAGAGAGGCGAAAGACUCCCCGGCCCUGCCCCACCAGCAAUCCCCCGCUCCAGCAAUGUCGGCCUUCUGCUGUCACCGAAAGCCGCGAUCCACAGAAGCUAUCCUCCCAGAAGCUCGGCUCGGCCCUUCGGGCCUCACCUUCGCAAGCAAUGCCAGUCGAUCGAAAUCUACGACAAAUAUGCAGAGGGCCUGCGAUAUCUGGCGGCACAGCAGACAGACAUACCCUUGGGCCACAAGUUUGCCAAAGGCCUCGUCCUCGCAUUGCCGUUCAACACACAGUUCGUCCAGUCCACGCCCCUGGCUACGAGGACACUAAGAGACAUGAACCAGUACACCAUUUCGGAGUUCUUCCCAGAACCCGAGCGGACAAUACUGAAGCCGAGACGGCGCAGCGGAGAGAGGAGGGAGAGGGCUGUGACAACAGCCGGGGUGAGCGAGACAAGGCCACGGCGGGGGUGUGUGAAGAGAGUACGGGGGGAGGAAGUGGGGACAGAGCCUGGCACCAAGAGGGGCAGGAGGGGAGCCUCAGGCAAAUUGUGAGGACGGUCUAGUAUAAGUGGAGAAUGAGACUUCAUGUCUGAGUGAGGGAGACUAGGUCUUUCUUUUGAUUGCGCAAACACUCGGGAGCGAAAGGCGAUGUUAUCCA